AUGACGCGGUUUCCGCUCCGGUUGAAUGUGGUCAUACACGUCGUCGGGUCUCGAGGGGAUGUGCAACCUUUUAUUGCGCUAGGACAGGAACUACAGAGACACGGUCAUCGCGUCCGAUUAGCCACGCACCUAGUAUUCCGAGAUUUUGUGCGCGCUCAUGACUUGGAGUUCUUCAACAUUGGCGGGGACCCGGCGCAGCUUAUGUCGUUUAUGGUCAAGAACCCCAACCUGGUGCCCAAGGUGGAAGCGAUUACGCAGGGCGAUAUCAGCCGACGGCGGAAGGAUGUGCGAGAGAUCCUCGGUGGCUGCUGGCGAUCCUGUUUUGAACCCGGGGAGGGCAUUCACCCUUUCAAUCCGGCUGAGUGUACGGGUGCGCCGCCAUUCGUCGCAGAUGCUAUUAUCGCCAACCCCCCGAGCUUCGCACACAUUCAUUGUGCGGAGAAGAUGGGGAUUCCUCUUCAUUUGAUGUUUACGAUGCCAUGGUCGCCUACGCAGGCCUUUUCACAUCCACUGGCGAAAGUUCGCUCGACAAAUUCCAAAUCAUCAGUAGGUAAGCUGAUGUCGUACAUGAUAGCGGAAACAGUGAUAUGGCAGGGCGUGGGUGACUUGAUCAACGAAUUUCGCCGGCAUGAGUUGGGACUGGAGCGGCUGGAUUCUAUGCGUGCGCCCAGCCUUCUUUCUCGGCUGAGGAUACCUUUCACAUAUCUUUGGUCUCCUUCCCUCUUGCCGAAGCCUGACGAUUGGCUCGACCAUAUCGAUGUGACUGGGUUCUCCUUUGUGCCGCAUGAUGACAAGUAUGAGCCGCCUCAAGAUCUAGUCGAAUUUCUUGAAGCUGGAACACCGCCGAUCUACAUUGGGUUUGGAUCAAUUGUUGUCGACGACCCGGAAGCACUCACGCAGACUAUUCUCGAGGCCGUCCGAAUGUCCGGUCAGCGGGCAGUAGUCUCCAAAGGUUGGGGUAAUAUCGGUGCUGAUGAGGCUGAUGACCCGAAUGUGUACUUCCUAGGCAAUUGUCCGCACGACUGGCUGUUCUCCCGAGUGUCAUGCGUUGUCCAUCAUGGUGGUGCAGGAACGACAGCAACCGGGUUAGCCUUGGGCCGACCCACUGUCAUUGUUCCAUUCUUCGGUGAUCAGCCUUUCUGGGGAAUGCUUGUUGCCUCCAAUGGUGCGGGGCCUGCGCCAAUCCCCUUCAAAGUAUUGACGGCAGAUAAGCUUGCGGGCGCAAUUCGGCACUGCAUGGGACCCGAGAUCAAAGAACAAGCCAAGGUCUUGAGCUGUAAGAUUCAAGCCGAGCAAGGUGCCGCAGCGGCAAUGGAAAGUUUUCAUAAGCACUUGAGCCUGAAUAGGUUGAGAUGCGCUUUGUGCCCUGAUCGUCCGGCUGUAUGGCGAGUCCAGCACACAAGCAUUUUUCUCAGUGCAUUCGCUGCUGCAGUCCUUGUCCACUCGAAGCAGUUAGACCCAAAGAACAUCAAGUUGCUUCGAAUUAAAUCCUACGAUACGAACCUUGAUCCGGGCGUUCCAGGUCUUCCCGGAGCUGAGAUGUUCGCUGGGUCCCUCACAAACUUUUUCACCGGCUUCGUCGAGAUGCCCAUUCAAUUAGUGCAAAACUUUGCACGGUCACGUUCCAUCAGGUUCGCCGAGAGGUAUAGUCUCUCGAGCUAUUGCGCGACGCAAGCGCCUGUCUCCCCAUCGCGCUCGACACCUCUCGCAGAUAAGUCUGGGACUCGUCAACGAUCAGACUCGGGCAUCUCCAUCGCUCCUUCGAGUAAUUCGCUGAAAUCAUCCUCGAGCCAGAGCUCUCUGGACAUGCCGACCAUGAACCGUGGCACGGCGUCUGUGAGUAAUGUACUCAUCAAUUCUGGCUACACUGGACGUCAAUUGUUGGACUGGAUCAUUGAGAUCCCAAUGAGCGUUACAUUCUUAUUGUGCCAUACGUUCCACAAUGCUCCUCGAUUCUAUCACGACCAAACUGUGAGAGAGGCACCCAUAGCCACGGGAGAGUUCGUGUACAGCUGGUACGAUGGGAUCACUGGUGUCGUGACUCAACCUCAUCAAGGAUGGGAUAGCCAUGGCGCUUCCGGUCUAGCAUCCGGGGUUGGCAAGGGAAUUGGAGGAUUGUUGAUCAAACCUCAAGCAGGUCUAUGGGGCUUGCUGGGUUACCCUCUAAGUGGGGUUCACCGCAGCAUUGCCAAUUCCUAUGGGAAGAAUCGACGAUGUUGUGUAGUGAAAUCACGCAUUGCCCAGGGCAUCGCAGAACUCCAGUUGGCCUCGGAUGGUCAGCGAGCAGCCGCUCUCGCGCGAUGGAAGGAUCAUUACGAACAGAAGGUCAAGGCUAAACUAGAAAAGAGAAAUGGGUAG